ACGUCUUAUUUGAAAAAUUGAUGGCGUUUGGGCCGUUAUUUGUAGUUUUCGUGCAUGUUACAGCAGAACUUGAGCGCGCGUACAACCCACAACCCUACCGCCCGACGGCCUCCUGAAGAUCGUUCCUGGCGCCGGCAACCUCACCAAGAAGCUCCUCGUCGCCGGCAAGUCCGUUCUCGCCGUCGAACUGGACCCUCGCAUGGUUCUCGAGCUCCAGCGCCGGUUCUAGGUGCACGCCUUUACUCGAACCGUUUGAAGAUUUCUUGACCUCCAACAACAAGGUGAGUUGCUAAGAGGUUAAUACUAAAGAACCUCAAACACUAAAUUUCAAAGCCAAACAAGCAACUGAAUAAUCGGGUUGGAGAACAAAUUAUUCAUCAGAGAUGCAGCAAGAUGAGGUUAUCUGGCAAGUCAUUCGGCACAACCAUUGUAGUUAUAUGGCCAAGAUUACCACUGGAAUAUUUUGUCGAAAUGAAUACAACGUAACAGGGAUUUGUAAUAGGAGCUCCUGCCCUCUAGCUAACAGCCGCUAUGCUACUAUCCGUGAUCAAGACGGUGUCUUUUACUUGUAUAUGAAAUCAAUAGAAAGGGCUCACAUGCCCGAGAAAUUGUGGGAAAGAGUGAAGCUACCAAGAAAUUAUGAGAAGGCCCUUGAGAUUAUUGAUAAGCAUCUGAUGUAUUGGCCAAAGUUUCUUGUUCAUAAGACCAAGCAAAGGUUGACCAAAAUGACUCAAAUGCGCAUCCGAAUGAGGAAGCUUGCUCUGAAAACUAGGGAAAAGAUUAUGACGACUCCGAGGAAAGAAAAGAAGAGAGAGGCUAGAAGGGAGGAAAAAGCAGAAAAGGCAGCAGUUUUGGAAAAGAGUAUUGAGAAAGAGCUAUUGGAACGCCUAAGAAAAGGAGUGUAUGGUGAUAUCUACAAUUACCCUGUCAAAGAAUAUGAAAAAGUCCUCGAGAUGGAUUCAUUGCAGGCUGUCGAUGAAGAUGAAGAGGAGGAACCUGAGAUAGAGUAUGUGGAAGGUUACGAUGAACUUGAGGAAGAACUAGAAGAUGAUAUUGAAGAUUUUGGCGGUCUUCCUAUAAAUAGAGUUCAUGCAAUUGGUGACAAUGGCGAAGAUGAAGACGGUGAUGGAGAUGAAGAUGAUGAUGCAGAAGCUGAUCAGAAGAGGGGAAGGGCUUUAAGAAAAGUGGAGAAAGGUGAUGCUCGUUCUAAGCCCAAGAAAAGAGCUAAGGUUCUCGUUGAGGUUGAGCAUGAGAAUGCUGAUGAAAGACAAACUGCAGUUCACUGAGGGCUUGCUCCAAUCCAUUUUGCUUUGUUUGGCCCUUGGUGAGCCAGAUUGGGGCAGCUGUCUCGUCUUUGAAAGUGUAUAUCAUGCUUUUCAUGGUAGCAUAGAAAAAAUUACCACAAAGUUUUGACAGAAAUUAGCGGCAAUUCUGGUUAAUGUUGCAUCUAUCUUCUGCUUCUUCCUGACGCUCUCGUUGUCUUUUUAAAGAAAGGUUGUAUUAUUAGUCACAAAAAAAAAGAUCGAGACUCACAAGUAGAGAACCAGCAUCCAAUGGAUGCAUGUUGGAGCAAUAGUUUCCUACUGACCUAUUUUUUCGCCCUUGGCUUCAAUAAAUAGGUUGCGAGCUAUUUUGUU